AUUUUCAGACCCUUCAAAUACUAAGGAUCAAGCAGCCAGAGCUGACCAAGAUCAGAAAUGGCCACAGUCUCUCUUCAGACCUGCAAACUCGAGCUUCCGAGGACUAUAAUCAACAGAAUUCACAUUAUUUUUCAUUUCUUAGCUAUACUAAGCUUACUAUACUACAGAGUUUCUCACAUCUUUGGUAAUGAUGGGACUGUGCCAGUUUUUGUUUGGGGGCUUAUGGCAAUUGCAGAGAUCAUGUUUACUUUUAUUUGGAUACUGAUGCAGGCUUUUCGAUGGAGGCCCGUGGCUAGGACAGUUUUUCCUGAGAAUCUUCCUGCAGAUGGGGAGUUACCGGGAGUGGAUGUGUUUAUUUGCACUGCUGAUCCUACUAAAGAGCCUACUGUUGAGGUGAUGAACACUGUUUUGUCAGCUAUGGCUCUUGAUUAUCCGUCGGAUAGGCUUAGCGUUUAUUUGUCUGAUGAUGGGGGUGCUGCAUCAACACUUUAUGCUAUUAAGGAAGCGUGUCUGUUUGCAGAGUCUUGGUUGCCCUUUUGUAGAGAAUAUGAUGUCAAGACCAGAUGUCCUGAGGCAUUUUUUUCCAAGUUGGGAGAUGAUGAACGCGUUUUGAGGAGCGAUGAGUUUAAGGCGGAGGAAGCAAAAUUGAAGUCUGCAUAUGAGGUGUUCAAGGUGAACGUCGAGAAAGCUGCUUUAGAAGACAGUGUUGUGCAUGAUCGAUCUGCUUACAUUGAGGUAAUACAUGAUGAUAAGAGCAAGGACAGGGAGAAUGACAAGAAACAUAAGAUGCCUCUUCUAGUUUAUGUGUCUCGUGAGAAAAGGCCAACUCGUCCUCAUCGUUUCAAGGCUGGAGCCCUCAAUGCACUUCUUCGCGUUUCUGGCAUAAUGAGCAAUGCCCCUUACAUACUUGUGUUGGACUGUGAUAUGUACUGCAACGACCCUGCCUCUGCAAGACAAUCCAUGUGCUUCCAUCUUGAUCCUCAGAUGUCUCGCGAUCUCUCUUAUGUACAGUACCCUCAAAUUUUCUAUAAUGUCAGUGACAACGAUAUCUAUGAUGGCCAGGCAAGAGCAGCUUACAAGACAAAAUAUCAAGGUAUGGAUGGCCAACGAGGAACGGUUUGUGCAGGGACAGGAUAUUACUUGAACAAAAAGGCACUAUACUGUAGUCCCUAUCAAGAAGAGAAAAUUCUUCAGGAAUCAGAGAAGCAAUUUGGCAGUUCCACCGAGUUCAUUGCCUCCUUAAAAGGCAGUAACAAGGACAACUCCGGUAAAAUGAAAAAUUUAUCAGAAGCAGUCAUGAAAGAGGCAGAGGCUCUGGCUUGUUGUGACUACGAAAAGGACACACAAUGGGGUAAAGAGAUUGGCUACUCCUAUGAUUGUCUAUUGGAGAGUACAUUCACCGGUUAUCGUUUGCAUAACAGAGGAUGGCGUUCGGUCUAUCUGUAUCCCAAAAGGCCAUGUUUCUUGGGAUGUACCACCAUUGAUAUGAAAGAUGCAUUGGUUCAACUCAUAAAAUGGUCCUCUGGAUUGCUUCAAGUCGGCCUCUCCAAGUUUAGUCCAAUGACUUAUGGUUUGUCAAAUACGACAAUGCUUCAAAGUCUCUGCUACGGAUACUUCACAUUCAUGCCACUUUUCUCAGUCCCUUGCCUAUUAUACGGAAUCAUUUCUCCCCUAUGUUUCUUAACCGGCAUUCCCUUGUUCCCUAAGGUUUCAAGCCCAUGGUUUGCAGCAUUUGCUGGGGUGUACACAUCAUCCCUCAUUCAACAUCUAUACGAAGUCCUAUCCAGUGGCGGAUCCAUCAGGACAUGGUGGAAUGAGCAAAGAAUAUUCAUGAUAAAGUCCGUUACAGCAUUGCUUUUCGGAAGCCUGGAUGUCCUAAUGAAGUGGCUAGGCAUGACAAAAGCCAGCUUCAGACUGACAAACAAAGCCGUGGAUCAAGAAAAGCUGGAGAAAUAUAUGAAGGGAAAAUUCGAUUUCAGUGGCGCCAAGAUGUUCAUGAUCCCAUUAACAUUGCUAGUCAUACUUAACACAGUAUGUUUUCUAGGUGGCAUGAGAAGGCUAAUGACAAAGCACAACUGGGAAGAAAUGUUCGGACAGGCUUUUCUUUGUUCAUUCAAUUUAGUCCUCAGUCUUCCCAUACUUCAGGGGCUCAUACCAAAAAGAUUCAAGUGAUGAAUGCGUUUUAAUUUGGGCAUGUACAAUCUAUAGCUCUUGUAAACACAUGGAUUUUAUUUUAUGUACUGGAGAUGAAUUGAGUGUGU